AUGGUAAAGAUACAAGCAAUUGUUACAUCGCUCCGAGAUGUAUUUAAUUUUGCAGCACCUGUUCUUGAAGAAUGUUCUCGUAGAAUACAAAUCGCUCGUGAUGAUGAUGGACUGAAGAAAGUUCCUGAAAUGCAGAAUAUAUUACGGAUUAUGGCAGAAUCGCUUCAACAUUUACAGCAGAUCUCAAAUGAAAGUUUUCCUACAGAUCAAGUAACAUCUCAAAUCGCAGACGAUGUAGAACAGAACAACUUAAUGCAGCAACAAAAGGAACCAAUAGCGCAACUUUUACAAAAUGUUAAUCGCUUAUUGGAACGAGCGAAAACUUUUCAACACGAAGAACACUCAGCAUAA